AUGAUGUCCUCGUCGGCAACAUCGACCAACGGCGCACAAUCGCCUGGUCUGAAGACCUAUUUCAAGACCCCGGAAGGCCGUUACAAGCUCCAGUAUGAGAAGACUUACCCUGCUGGUCUCCUUCACUUCGCCCAUGGCAAGACUGUCACUCAAGUGACCCUAGCUCAUCUGAAGGAUAAGCCAACCCAGACUGCACAGCCAUCAUCCUCAAGUCUGGGUGUUAGCAGUGGUGUUAGAUCAGCUGCUGCAAGAUUAUUAGGCGGUGGGAAUGGAAGUAGGGCGCUUGGUUUUGUUGGAGGGAAUGGUGGGAGUAAAUCAGUUAGUGGGACUAAUAGAGUUGGAUCGUUGGGGGCUUCUAGUUCAAAUGGUCUGUUGGGUAAUUCAAAUUUUGACGGGAAGGGGACUUACUUGAUAUUCAAUGCUGGAGAUGUGAUUUUAAUCAGUGAUUUGAAUUCUCAAGACAAGGAUCCUAUCAAGUCCAUACAUUUCAGUAAUUCAAAUCCUGCUUGCCAUGCGUUUGAUCCAGAUGCCAAGGAUGGGCAUGAUUUGCUCAUUGGUUUGAAUUCUGGAGAUGUUUAUUCAGUGUCACUAAGACAACAAUUGCAAGAUGUGGGGAAGAAGCUUGUUGGAGCACAGCAUUAUAACAAAGAUGGUUGUGUUAAUAAUAGUCGUUGUACUGGUAUUGCAUGGGUGCCUAAUGGUGAUGGCGCUUUUGUGGUGGCUCAUGCAGAUGGAAAUUUGUACAUAUAUGAAAAGAGCAAAGAUGGUUCCGCUGAUCCUUCGUUCCCUGUUAUCAAGGAUCAAACUCAAUUUUCUGUUGCACAUGCACGUUACAGUAAGAAUCCAGUUGCUAGAUGGCAUAUUUGCCAAGGUUCAAUUAAUACCAUUGCUUUCUCAACUGAUGGAGCCUAUAUUGCAACCGUUGGAAGGGAUGGUUAUUUGCGAGUAUUCAACUACAAUAAUGAACAACUUGUAUGUGGUGGAAAAGGCUAUUAUGGUGCUCUAUUAUGUUGUGCUUGGAGCAUGGAUGGAAAGUACAUUUUGACUGGAGGUGAAGAUGAUCUAGUUCAAGUUUGGAGUAUGGAAGAUCGAAAGGUUGUAGCAUGGGGUCAGUGGAGUUGCGUUGAUUCGUAUUGGUCGGCACCAACUUCAGAUGGCACAGGGGAAAGUAUUGUGUACCGGUUUGGUUCGGUUGGUCAGGACACACAAUUGCUAUUGUGGGACCUGGAAGCGGAUGAGAUUGUUGUGCCAAUGCGGCGGCCUCCUGGAGGGUCCCCCACUUUCAGUACUGCAAGUCAAUCAUCCCAUUGGGACAGCACUUGCCCAGUGGGUACCCUGCAACCCGCUCCAAGCAUGCGUGAUGUUCCAAAGCUCUCCCCAGUGGUUAUUCAUCGCGUUCACACCGAACCUCUAUCUGGUUUGAAUUUUACUCAGGAAUCUGUCCUUACCGUCAGCAGAGAGGGGCACAUAAAAAUCUGGAUCAGACCAGGGUCUGCAGAAAGCCAAUCCAGCAACUCUGGUUCUCUGCUGAGCACAAGUUUGAAGGAAAAGCCAUUAUUUCCCGGAAAAGCUGGCAGCACUGGUUACAAGCAAAUGACCUAG